UGCAUUCAGCCAUGUUUUGAUUUGCUUUUGUUCUUACCAAGCUCUUGUUUGCUCUUCUCCUCAUUAGCUUCCUCUGGUUGGCCUCAGGUCUGCCUUGAGGAGCCUGUAGAUUUGAAAAUGAACGUCACAGGUACAACAGACCCCACCCUCACGGAUGAAAGCAUCUACAGCAUUUACUAUCAUGAUGACAAUUUCCCCGAGCCUUGCACCAAAGAAGGCGUCAAGAAAUUUGGGGGUCUCUUCCUGCCUCCUCUCUACACCUUGGUCUUUCUGUUUGGGCUGCUGGGAAACUCCAUGGUGGUUCUGGUCCUGUUCAAGUACAAGCGGCUCAGGUCCAUGACGGAUGUGUACCUGCUCAACCUGGCCAUCUCGGACCUGCUCUUCGUGCUCUCCCUCCCUUUCUGGGCCUACUACGCCGCAGACCAGUGGGUUUUUGGACUAGGUCUCUGCAAGAUUAUUUCCUGGAUCUACUUGGUAGGCUUUUACAGUGGCAUCUUCUUCAUCAUGCUCAUGAGCAUCGAUAGGUACCUGGCGAUCGUGCAUGUGGUGUUUUCCCUGAGAGCCAGGACCGUGACUCACGGGGUCAUCAUCAGCUUGGCCACGUGGUCAGUGGCUGUCUUCGUCUCCCUGCCAGGCCUUCUGUUCAGCACUUGCUCCACAGAGCGCAACCAUACCUACUGCAAAACCAAGUACUCGUUCAACUCCACGCAGUGGAAGGUCCUCAGCUCCCUGGAGAUCAACGUUCUAGGCCUGGUGAUCCCCUUGGGGAUCAUGCUGUUUUGCUACUCCAGGAUCAUCAGGACCCUGCAGCACUGCAAAAACGAGAAGAAGAACAAGGCGGUGAAGAUGAUCUUCGCCGUGGUGGUCCUCUUCCUGGGGUUCUGGACGCCGUACAACGUGGUGCUCUUCCUGGAGACGCUGGUGGAGCUGGAGGUGCUCCAGGACUGCACCUUGGAGAGGCACCUGGACUACGCCAUCCAGGCCACAGAGACGCUGGCUUUCGUCCACUGCUGCCUGAACCCGGUCAUCUACUUCUUCCUGGGGGAGAAAUUCCGCAAGUACAUCAUCCAGCUUCUCAAAACCUGCAGGGGCUCUUUCGUGCUCUGCAAACACUGCGGGCUCCUCCAGAAUUACUCCCCCGACGCCCCCAGCUCAUCUUUCACGCAGUCCACCAUGGAUCACGAGCUGCACGACGCGCUGUAAACCAUGGAAAUGCACCACCACCAACAAAAAAAACAGAGUUAAUAUCCUUCCCAAGUUAAAAGUUUACCUGU